AUGCCGAGCGAUUCUACCCCAAAAUACCACCAAAAGGUGUAUCCAAACUUUAGUUUGAAGGACAAAGUAUACAUUGUUACCGGGGGCGGCAGAGGUUUGGGCCUUGUGAUUGCAGAGGCAAUGACUGAGGCGGGAGCCGAUGGUUUGUCCUUCUGCCUCUCCGUAUUUCCUGUACUAACAGGUGUGAUAGUUCAUUGCUUUGAUGUGUUGCCCAAGCCAGUUUCAGAGUUCUACGUUUCCCAGGAAAUCGCGAACAACGAUCACAUUGGCUCGCUACAUUACCAUCAUGUUGAUGUCCGUGAUUUGAAACAUCUUGAGGAAGCGGUCGAUAGAGUUGCGGGCCUAUCGGGGAGAAUUGACGGCCUUGUUGCUGCUGCAGGAAUCCAGCAGCUCAAGGAUGCCGUUGACUUCACCCUAGAAGACGUCACUAGAAUGUUGGAUGUGAACUAUACCGGACUCUUCAUGACGGUUCAGGCAGUCGCUCGGCAUAUGAUUGAGUCAGGGACCCGAGGGUCGAUAGUCCUAGUCGCUAGUAUGAGCGGCUUUGUAGCGAACAAGGGACUUCAUUCAGCCACAUACAACUCUUCGAAGGCAGCAGUCGUCCAGCUUGGCCGCAAUCUGGCAAUGGAGUGGGGCCCGAAGGGUAUUCGUGUGAAUUCUCUCUGUCCUGGGCAUAUCAUCACUCCUAUGGUUGAGAAAAAUUUCGAAGAAGUUCCGGAACUGAAGGAGAUUUGGAUAAAGGAAAGUAUGCUAGGCCGUCUAGCUCGACCUGAAGAGUUUACCGGAGCGGUUGUUUUCAUGUUGAGUGAGGCUAGCAGUUAUAUGACUGGCAGCUCGCUCAUAAUCGAUGGUGGUCAUACAGCUUGGUGA